CACGGACCAGCCACGAUGCCUACCUCUGUGCCCCGCGGGGCCUCUUUCCUUCUACCGCCUCUACUGAUGCUGUCAGUUGUGCUGGGGGUGCCUCUGGACCGCGCGGCACCCCAUCAGGAGGACAGCCAGGCCACUGAGAGUCCGGACACAGGCCUAUACUACCAUCGAUACCUCCAGGAGGUCAUCAAUGUACUAGAGACCGAUGGGCACUUCCGUGAGAAGCUGCAAGCUGCCAAUGCUGAGGACAUCAAGAGUGGAAAGCUGAGCCGAGAGCUAGACUUCGUCAGCCACCAUGUCCGCACCAAGCUAGACGAGCUCAAGCGACAGGAGGUAUCAAGGCUGCGGAUGCUGCUCAAAGCCAAAAUGGAUGCAAAGCAGGAGCCCACCCUGCAGGUGGACCACCUGAACCUCCUGAAGCAGUUUGAGCACCUGGACCCUCAGAACCAGCACACAUUCGAGGCUCGGGACCUAGAGCUGCUGAUCCAGACGGCCACCCGAGACCUGGCCCAGUAUGACGCCGCACAUCACGAAGAGUUCAAGCGCUAUGAGAUGCUCAAGGAACACGAGAGAAGGCGUUAUCUGGAGUCUCUGGGAGAGGAGCAGCGGAAGGAGGCCGAGAGGAAGCUACAAGAGCAACAACGCAGACACCGGGAACACCCCAAAGUCAAUGUCCCUGGCAGCCAAGCCCAGUUGAAGGAGGUGUGGGAGGAGCUGGAUGGGUUGGACCCCAACAGGUUCAACCCCAAGACCUUCUUCAUACUGCAUGACAUCAACAGUGAUGGAGUCCUAGAUGAGCAAGAACUGGAAGCUCUCUUUACCAAGGAGUUGGAGAAGGUAUACGACCCAAAGAAUGAGGAGGAUGACAUGAGAGAGAUGGAGGAGGAGCGGCUGCGAAUGAGGGAGCACGUGAUGAAGAACGUGGACACCAACCAGGACCGUCUUGUGACCCUGGAGGAGUUCCUGGCAUCCACACAGAGGAAGGACUUUGGGGACCCUGGGGAAGGAUGGAAGACAGUUGAGAUGUAUCCGGCCUACACAGAGGAGGAGCUGAGGCGCUUCGAGGAAGAACUUGCCGCCAGGGAGGCUGAGCUCAAUGCCAAGGCCCAGCGCCUCAGCCGGGAGACAGAGGCCCUGGGGCGCUCCCAGGACCGCCUGGAGGCUCAGAAGAGAGAGCUGCAGCAGGCUGUUCUGCAGAUGGAGCAAAGGAAGCAAGAACAGAAUGCUCCGCCCUCCAGGCCCGAGGGACAGCUGCAGUUCCGGGCCGACACAGAUGAUGCUCCUGUCCCAGCUCCCGCAGGUGACCAGAAAGAGGUGGCUCCUUCUGAAAAGAAGGCCGCAGAACAGCCCCCUGAGCUGCCCCAGCCGGAUUCCCAGCCCUUAUGAUCUCCCAGUGGCCCCAGCCCUCAGGUUCCUGCAGACAGUGGUGGAGGCUGGAUGAAGUGUCCUUGCGGCCUCUGUGGAGGCCUGAGCGUGCAUGGCUUCCUAGGGAGGAGAAGAGGACUCACCCCUGCCUGUGUCUGACAGUCCCGGCUCUCACAGCCUCCAGGUC